AUGGCUAAACAAGAGUUCUUGAAGGCAGUAGAACAAGCUGACCAUGCUGCCUUCCUUACAAUCCUCCAACACUAUGUUUCAGAGAAAAGAGGGCAAGUAAAAGGACCUGUGGGUGACGAGGAGAAGGAUCUCAUGACCCUAACUCGGAGUCUUCUGAGUCUAAUUAAGGGAAGUAAACGUAGCACUGUUGAUCUACAAGAAGUUCUCGCUGAGUUAAAUCGCAAACAAAAGGAACAAAUAUGGGUCAGUCUUUAUUCUUGGACUGAUGUUCAACUUUUAAAAUUAGUGGAGGAUAAUGUACCUGAGGGAGACGUGGUGGAGCCUGACCAGCCUCCCGAUGAAGAAAGAAAAGGCCCGCCACAGAAGGAUGGAUCAGUCAGCCAGAGCUGUCAAGAUCCACCACAAAUUGAAGGAUCGGCCAGCCAGAGCCAUCAAUAUCUACCGAUUAAGUUUCUUGUAUUGCCUUUCCAGGUCGCCAAUGGUCUAGUCCGCAUGAAUGCCACUGCCCUGCUGUGUGAUGCUUUCCCGCUCAUGGACAGUUACCUUAAUCAAGAAGAGCGAGGCAAUCUGUUGGAGAAACAGUACCAGACAAUUAUCACCUUGCUUAUUGAUCCCUGCCAUCUUGUCCGCAUCACUGCCAUCAAGGGUGUGUCCAGCAUCUUGGCUUCCUUCUGGCUCACGAUCCCAUCAGACAUCAUCAAGACCAUUUUCCAGAAGCUGCUCUCAGAUCUAGUGUACGAUGCUUCCUCAGCGGAAGUUCGCACACAAGUUAUUAAGGGUCUGACACUGUUGGUGGACUCCAGAGAUGCAGCACCUUUCCUUAUUGAAGUAUUACCUCGCAUCGCUGACGUCUUCGAUGACAUAAGUGCCAAUGUUCGUAUUGCAUUUGUUAAGUUACUGUUGAAGGUGAAAUCGUCAAAAGUUAUCAGAUACUGGGAUAUCAUACCGGUGCCUCACCUCCUGCACAGGAUGGAGGAGGACAAACCAGUAGUGUGCAAGUUACUUACUCAGCUCUUACUCAGUUCCUUCCAUCCUGUUCAUCAAGAAGAUGAGGAAAUUUUGCAACGGUGUCUGUCGCUGUUAGAGGAAAAUCGCGCUGCAGCUCGUCGAUUUUACCGUUAUGCCAGCAAUAAGUUAGACAUCAACAGCACUGUACACUUUAUGCUGUUAAUAUGGCGCUGUGUGACGAACUAUGUGCUGGCUCAACAGUCUCAGGAUGCUUCUUAUAAUGAAGAGAAUGACAUCAGUGAUUCUACGAGCUCAGAAGAAGGUCAACCUGUUCCAGAUGACCAGGGUCACCUCAAGCGGGCUGUGCCUCGCAGGGGAGUACAUAGGGCUGGUCACAGUGGCUCUGCUGUCAUGGUUGCUGACAAAGAAAAUACAGGUGGGGGUGCAGUUAGCAGCAGUGAUGGUGGUGAGGCAGUUGAUGAGGACGAUGGUGGUGACGGCUCUCCUCUAGACAACCCAGACAUCAUUAUUGGACUCUUGGACACAGUAGUCAUUUUAUGGACCUCAAAUGCCCAUAAACUUGUACUUUCACAAAAUCUAAAGUAUCUAGAGGCAUUAAGAACAAGAUUAUCAAGAAGUAUGCCUCUUCUUCAAGUUCUUUAA